AUGGACUCGCCGGCGGCUAUGACUGACGCCUCGUUUGGUCCGCGGCUGUGGCCAGAGUUUGACUUUACCCUGCUGUUCGAGCAAACGAUACUCACCAUCCUUCCAUCGGUCUUGCUGCUGCUCGCCGCGCCGAUCCACAUACGCGGCGUCGUCCGCAGACCCGUCUGCGCCAGACCGGGACUUCUCCUCUGGGCUAAGCUAACCGCAGCUCUCGCCCUAGUUGGGGCGGAGUUCACAAACGUGCUCCUCUGGAGCCUUGCCGCCGCUUCCGCUCCCGCUUCCAGGGUCUCGCUGGCCGCUGGCGCCGUGUCAUGCGCCGGUGCCCUCUGCAUUGGCGCCGUGCUUUAUGCAGAGCACCGUCAUGCUCUCCGGCCGUCAAACCUCCUCGGAGUAUUUUUGACCCUGGCUGUGCUCUUCGAUGCCGCCAAAACCCGUUCGCUGUGCCUUCGCUCCGGCCUACCUAUCGAGGCCGGCCUGGCGGCAGUCGUCACGGUGGUCAAGGUUGUCCUUCUCUUGUUGGGGGAGGUUUCGAAGAGCUCUUUGUUGUGUGAGGACUCCUCGUCAUCUGACGCAGCAGGGCCAGAAGCCACCGCAGGAUUUUGGAACAGGUCACUGUUCAUAUGGCUCAACUCAACCCUCCGGAUGGGCUUCCAAGGCCUUAUCCGCAUCGACGACCUGCAAAGCAUGGGACCUUCGUUGAGCUCCGAGCGUCUUCUCUCUAAAUUUGAAGUUGUCUGGGUAAAAGCAAACAAAAUGUCAGCCCAUUGCCUGGCCAAGGUGUGCCUGCGCGCACUCAAGCGGCCCUUUCUGGCGGCUGUACUUCCUAGGCUGUGCUUGAUCGGAUUCACAUUUGCCCAACCGUUUCUUCUCCAAACGGUGGUCCGCAUCAUCGGAGAAAGAGAUUACCCCCACGAGGUCGUCGGCGGCCUUGUUGGUGCCACCAUUCUUGUUUACCUAGGCAUCGCGGUGGCCAAGGCUCACUACAUGCAUAAGACCUAUCGGCUCAUGACCAUGCUGCGCGGGGCCCUCAUCUCGGCCAUCUUCAAGAAGACUCUUGGCUUGGAGCUUUCGGACGCUAGGGGUUCGGCCGCCAUGACCCUCAUGAGCGCCGACAUUGACGGCAUACAGACCGGCCUCUCCGUACUACAUGAUGUCUGGGCGAGCGUCAUUGAGUUAGCUCUCGGUAUCUACCUGCUCGCCACGCUUGUUGGUAGUGCGUGUGUCCUCGCGGCGUUGCCGGCACUUUUCACCACGCUGGCUUCCUUCGAGAUCGCGAGGAGAAUGGGUCCCGCCAGGGUAGCGUGGAACGAAAAGAUACAGACGAGAGUGUCGGCCGCAUCAAAUGUCCUUUCCCAGCUCAAGAGCAUCAAGAUGAGCGGCCUUGCGCCCGCCGUGACAGAUUAUCUUCAGGAACUCCGCGUCAACGAGAUGAAGUACUCCAGGAAGCUCAGAGUGCUCUUCAUCGCAAUGCACGUCAUUGCAUCCCUUUCCUGCAGCAUGACUUCCGUCCUAGUCAUAGCCGGCGGACUGUUUUGGACCAAGCUUUUCGGCCCCCUCAGCGCUGCCGAGGCGUUUACGACUCUUUCCAUCGUUGGCCUCGUUUCGCAACCCGUGACCAUCUUGUUGGUGGCUUACCCACAGGCGGCGAGCACGUUGAGUUGUUUUCAUCGCAUUCAAAAAUUCCUUCUCUUGCAAGAAGUGCCGCAGCACCGCAACGUCGAUGGCCACCCCGACAGUCAAGAUGCAUCCACUUCCUGUGCCGGGUCAUCCAUGCACAAGGAAGCACGUGGCGGAUACGGUCAACAAGGGGUCCUCAUGGAGAUGGAUUCGACAUCGACUCUGAGGGUAGGUGGAUGUGCUGCCGAGCUCAUAAACGUGUCGAUAGCGUCAGAGAACAGAUCCAGGGUAAUUUUGCGAAACCUCAAUAUCAGGCUCAUGCCGUCCAGCCUUACGGUGGUACUCGGGCCCGUCGGCUCCGGAAAGUCGACCCUAUUAAAGGCAUUUCUUGGGGAAGCGCACCUGGUCGAGGGCUUUGCAUAUAUCGAGAGUCGUAGCAUGGCCUUCUGCGACCAGCUGUCCUGGCUUCGGAAUAUUGCCGUACGCGACAACGUCAAGGGUCAAAGUCCAUACCACCGCGACUGGUACGAAGCCGUUCUCCACGCCUGCCUGCUCGAUGAAGACAUGAGGGAGCUCCCCGAAGGCGACCAAGCCAUCGCAGGGAGCGGGGGGGUGAAUCUGAGCGGAGGUCAGAGGCAGAGAGUUGCUCUCGCGCGCGCAGUCUACUCACGAAAGUCGAUUCUUAUUCUCGACGAUGUGCUCAGCGCUUGCGACGGCCGGACCUCGACUGCCAUACUUGCCCGGCUAUUCGGCAAAGGCGGACUGUUAAGAGACUCAGGAGCGGCAGUGGUCAUGACCACUCACUCACUUGAGCCUCUCGCCGUGGCUGACCAGAUCAUCGUGCUCAACGGAAAGGGCCAAGCAUCGGAGCAGACGGCAGUGAAAGGGAAAUGUUUGAGUGACGACAACUCGUUCCAAGAUUCGCUACAAAUCAGUUGCGAUGGCAUGCGAGAGAGUGGCUCGAGCAGUGGUUCCAAAACGGCAUGUCAGUCCGCCACUUUGGCAUCGAAACCGCUCGCAAUCUCAGAAGAUGGAAGCAGUCUUGAGGUCCAAAGAGGAGACAUGAAACUGUAUUCGUUUUACCUCGAGUCCAUAGGCAAGGUGCUCUUUGCCACCUGGCUCUUGACCGUUGCUGUGGCCGCCGUCUCGGACAAGAUGCCGCAGAUAUGGAUCCGGGUAUGGCUCGAGCAAGAUGCAAAGGACAAUCGCUAUUUCGCCGGAUACGCCGCUCUUGCUGGGCUGAGUUCUGUCUUGAUCUUGAUCACGCUCACCUUCUAUAUCAUAAAACUGGUCCCCAUGUCAGCGGAGAGACUUCACCAGAUGCUUCUGGAAGCCGUCAUGAAAGCAUCCCUCUGGUUUCUCUCCUCCACCGAUAAUGGGUGCCUUCUCAACAGGUUCAGUCAGGACAUGACACUUAUCAGCCAAACUCUGCCCAUUUCAGUUGCCAAUGUCAGCUUCCGGGCUAACCGUUGUUGUGGAGUCUCCUUUUCUGCCCUCACCGAUAUCACCAUCAUCGCCUCGGGAGCCAAGUAUGCCGCAGCCAGCAUACCCGUUAUCGGCAUUGCGCUAUGCUGUCUCCAAAAGUUCUACCUGCGCACUUCGCGCCAGAUGCGGCACCUCGAUCUCGAGGCCAAGGCACCCCUAUACACCCAGUUCACCGAGACGGCGGCAGGCGUGCAGCACAUUCGGGCCUUUGGCUGGCAAGCUGAUGUCCUAGCCGAGAGUCUGAGGCUCCUGGACCGUUCCCAGAAGCCGCACUACUACAUGUUUUGCAUCCAGCGCUGGCUGAUGCUGGUACUGGACAUGUCGGUUCUCGUGUUGGCGGUUGUACUCGUGGCCCUGGCCCUCAGCUUCCACAGGACGACGACGCAGAGCGCGAUUGGCCUGGCGCUGGUUAACGUCGUAUCCUUCAGCGAGAGCUUGUCACAGCUUAUCGAAUCAUGGAUGGAGAUGGAAACCUCGCUCGGAGCCAUUGCUCGACUGAGGUCGUUCCUCGUGCAGACACCCAUGGAAAAGGAGCCGGGUGAGGGGGUGGUCGAGUUGCCAGAAAGCUGGCCGCGGCAUGGCAAGCUUGAGCUGAGAUCUUUGAGUGCCACAUAUAGUGGUGGUGAUGGCCACGAAGCCCGGAGGCCAGUCCUGGACGACGUGUCGAUCGUCAUCCAGCCCGGACAAAAAGUCGGCAUCGUGGGCCGCACAGGGAGCGGCAAGAGCUCGCUCAUGCUCACGCUUCUCAACAUGCUCGACCACACGGGUUCAGUGGUCAUCGACGGCAUAGAAGUGUCGCGAGUAGCUCGCCACCAGCUCCGGUCCCGCAUCACGACGUUCCCCCAGGAGCCCGUCGAGCUUCCCGGCACAGUGCGCAACAACCUCGCGCCAUCGGAUGCUCGGCAGGGGGGUCUCGGCGACGCGGUCAUGGUGCAGGCGUUGGCCAGCGUCGGCCUCUUGGCGCACAUUGCAUCACGCGGUGGACUCGAUGCACAGCUUGCCACCGUGGGUCUCUCGCAUGGACAGAAGCAGCUGCUGGGCCUGGCGCGCGCGCUGCUACACCACGGCAGCUCGGGAAGCCGGGUCGUGCUGAUAGAUGAGGCGACGAGUAGCUUGGAUAAGGAGACGGAGGCUUGCAUGCAAGCUCUUAUGAACACAGCGUUUGCGGGCUGUACGCGGAUAAUUGUUGCCCAUCGCCCCGAGGCGAUACGGGGUGCGGAUGUUCUCGUGGAGCUCGUCGCAGGCAGGCUUGUCCAGGUAACGAGGCACUGA